AUUUAAUCUGCGCAAAGCCAGAAGCUCCGCGAUUUAUUUAUCCAAUUUAACUCAAAGGGCGCUUGAAGGCGACUUUAUCCUCCCCAGCCCCGGUCGCUAUCCAGCCGCCAUGACCGCCAGCCCUCCCGGACAGGGCUUCCAGAACAAGACCCGUGUGGCCAUCCUGGCGGAGCUGGACAAGGAGAAGAGGCGGCUGAUGCAGAGCCAGUCCAUGGCCAGCCCCGGAGCCAACAUCCCCAUGUCGGCCCGGAGCAGCCUGAAGGAGGCGAGGGAGUGCGCGGAGCAGCAGCACAUCGCCGCCCAGCAGAAGGCCGCCCUGCAGCACGCCCACGUCCACUCCUCCGGCUUCUUCAUCACGCAGGACUCCUCGUUCGGGAACCUCAUCCUGCCGGUGCUGCCCCGGCUGGAGCCCGACCUCUGACUGCGCACUGCAGCGGGAGCUCCCUCCCGGUGCUCCGACCAGAACUCACCAAGCUCAAUCCGUUGGAUCCGGAAUGUUUAUAUUUUUAUUAUUUUUUUAUUCUUUAUGUUAAUAUCAGAUAGAAAUAAAGUUCCGAAUCCA